AUGCGGGCCGCCCCCCUCACGACCCCCUCCAUAGCGCACGUCAAAGGCCUUUGUGCGAAUGUGUUGGAACGCGCUGAUAAGCAUAGCGCUAUAUGUAAACGAGGUUUUGUUUGCACUCCAGAGAGAAGCGCUGACGACCACAAGCAGGCCUUGACAGUUCAAGAAGCUUUGCGCCUAGCUGGAGCGUUCCUUGCUCCUGAUUUAUAG